AUGCACGUCUUUAACCGUGCAUUUCAACUUCGAACUUUGACGUUCCCGUCCCCGCGUCGCUAUGCCGCGAGCCCUCGCGCGAAACCUGCCCAAGAUCAAGGUCUCGUCGGCAUCCAUCCCACGAACCUCUAUCCUUCGCUCCAGGCACUCAUCGUCCUCUUGCCUUUUCACCCCUCCUUCCCCCGUCGACUUCCCCACGUCCUCGCCUUCUCCACGUUCGCGUCCCCCGGACCCGCCGUCGCCCAGCCCUCCACCAACUGCAACACCGGCCCUGUCCAGCCAGCGAAGCGUUGUCUGCCGCCAUCCCUCCUCGGCCUCGUUCUUCACGAUACGACCGCCCACAUCGACCUCGGGUGCUCACCCAUCUCCGCCGUCGGUCUCGCCAGCGGCAACGCCUGCGAGGCCCCAUCCGCAUGCUGUGAGAACAACAGCGUCGGAAGUCUCGUUUCCAUUGGAUGCCUGCCCUUCUCGUCGUAG